AUCAGCUGUUUUUAUUUUUGUUACAUUUACAUGAACAGGGUUAGGAUUAUGAAUCAAAGUGCAUUGUUUUAAUUUAUUGAAUUUUGAACAUAUACGAAUCAGUAGUGGAGUGAUUUAUAGAUGUGGCAAAAUGGAACAGUUCAGAGAUGCCCAUUUCUUUUACACACCUUCUCAAGGUAAUAUCUACACAAUAGCUGAGCUGAAACUUGCUAGUGGGUGCAAGAAACUAUUGGUAGCUUCAUUAAAAAGAGAAAUAUUUUGCUUUGAAUAUCAAGAAUCACCAUCGGGUACAUUGAUGCCUACAGCCCGUGAUAUUUCUUUUACCUAUAUUCCAAAUGCUGCUGAAAUUAUUUCUCUAGAUGCGUUCAAUAAAUCUACAACAAGUAAUGAGUUUGUAAUUGGAAUCACAAUUAUCAAGAACAGUAAUGAUGCUGAUAGCACACUGGAAACCUAUCUGAACAUUUACUCAGAGUGGGAAGAAUCGGAGGACUUCAAUAUAGAAAAUAUUGCACAAAAUUGCCUCACUGUAGAGCUGAACUUCAUUCCAUACAAGCUGUGUCAUACCCAUCUAGUAACAUGGAAAAAUGACCAGAUAGAGAGCAAAGAGAUGGUGUUCAUUUUAUCAGGAAAUGACAAUCAAGUUCACAUAUUCAAAGAAUCAUCAUCCGAACACAAUUAUAGAGAACUAGAAGGAAACAACUUCUUUCCAGAAUUUUCCAAGACGCCGAGUCCCGUUGUAUGGAUUGAUAUAGUUUACCUAAAUAAUUUUGCAAGGAGGGUGACUUCAUUUGUGUGUGAAUGCGGUUAUGUGAAGCUACUUGUGGUCGACGUUAAGUGCAACAAAUUGAUCUACAACUUCUCUACCAGAUUGGCAAUUAUAUACCUAGAGUUCAGAUUUAUUUAGAAAAGGAUGAGACUGAUUUACAAUGCCGGAAUGAAUUAUAAAAAGCCUUAUAGAUGAUAAGACUGACAAAAUUGAAGAUGAGGAGUUUAUACUAAACUUGGUUGUUGUAAAUUCUAUCUUGCCUGCCGUGAUGUUUCACAAUGUCCUCAAGUAUGGAUUAUCAGAUUACACCACACUACCACGGCUUGACAAUACUACCGUUCUAACAUCUUGCGAAGUUGCGGACAUAGAUUUGAUGGAGAAAAGGAACUGUUAAUUGGAAAUAGUGCCGAGGAGAUUAUGCUACUAAAAAGAGAUAAACUUGGUGAUUGGUACUUGGAAGAAGAAGAAAAUAUCUGGUCCGAUUCUUGGCGUAAAAUAUAUUGACAUGGACGGAGAUGGAGUCAAAGAUUUGGUCAUUUUCUCAACAAAAGGGGUUCAUAUUUUGCAGCAUGAUACCGCCCAACUGCAAAAGACUAUGACUCAAAACUAGAAAACCUACUUUGUGGCGCCAAUUUGUUAUGAUUAUUUUUCUAUAUAAUUAAAGCAUUACCUCAAGGAUCUGUAAAGACAGCAAAUAUACUUACAUGAUUUUUUCUGUGAUACUGAUGAUUCAAACCAUACAUACCUAUAACAAAUUAAUAUAUAUGUUUUGAUAUAUUAUAAUGAUGUAUUAUGUAUUAUUUAAGUACAAAUAAAAGUAGAG